AUUUUUGGAAAAAUGGGAUUAGGCUAGCCAGUGGUAUUAAUAUCCCACUCAAAACAAAAUUAAGAGUUAAGACACAGCGAAUGCUGCGACUUCAUUUUGACAUUGAUUUCUGCGUCUUCUUCCUCUUCCGUCGCAUUAGGGUUUGAAGAGUUCCAUUCUGUUCAUCGCUUCGUUUGCACUUGAUUUGCAAUCUUAAUGGACAUUGAAGAAGACCCUCCUCAAAACCCAGCAAAAAGGCUCAAAUGCUCAGCAUGCUAUAAGCAGUAUAAGAAGAAAGAGUCUCUGAUUGAGCACAUGAAAGCCUCAUACCACUCUGUCCAUCAUCCUAGAUGUGGUGUCUGUCAAAAGUAUUGCAAAUCAUUUGAAUCUCUAAGGGAACAUCUUUUCGGUCCUUUGCCUAAAGGACUUUGUUCGAAGAUUUUCUCUGAACAGGGUUGUCGGCUUUGCUUGACACUAUUUGACAGCCCCAGGUCUCUCGGUGAGCAUAGAGUGACAUGUCGCCUAUCUUCCCCUGGUUUUGUACCCCUAGGAAUAUACACAAUGCCCUAUAUAGGCUCCCAAAUUGAUCAUCGUGAUUCGUCUAAUGAAGAUCACCCUGGAGCUGUUGCAUUAGACUGUGAAAUGGCUGGUGGUGGAAGUGAUGGAUCGCUAGAUCUUUGUGUAAGAGUAUGCUUGGUCGAUGAAGAUGAGAAUUUACUUUACCAUGCAUAUGUACAGCCUCCAAUCCCUGUUACAAACUAUAGACAUGAUAUAACUGGGAUAACAGAAGAUGAUCUUAGAGAUGCGAGGCCCCUUAAAGAAGUUAAAGAAAAGAUAUUGCAAAUUUUAUACAAUGGAGAAUCCAUUAGCAAAGUUAGAUUGGACGGAGGAAAGGCCAGGCUUCUUGUUGGGCAUGCAUUAGCACAUGAUUUAGAUUGCUUGAAAAUGAACUAUCCAGAUCACAUGUUGAGAGACACUGCAAUGUACCGUCCAUUGAUGAAAACAAACUUUGUCAGUCAUUCACUCAAGUAUCUUACCAGAACAUAUCUAGGUUAUGAUAUCCAACUCGGCACUCAUGACCCAUAUGAAGAUAGUAUUUCUGCAAUGAGGCUGUAUAAGAGAAUGCGAGGUCAAAAUCAUCAGGAGAAAAACUGCGGAACAUUGACUUCAAGUAAUAACUUUGUCGGCAUGUCUGAUGGCUGGAAGUCUAAGGAACUUGACAACCUCACACCUGAUGAACUCUUUGACAUGUCAAAAUCAGACUACAAGUGUUGGUGCUUGGAUUUGAGACCAAGAUUGGCAGCCUGAACUAUUAAUCAUUGUUUUGUUCAUAGCAUCAUGUUGUAGUUCAUAUUUCUUUAGAAACUAUGAAAAUUGGAAGGGGGAAAUUGUUUUGCAAUGAUCCUUUCUGUGUUUAUAUCUUUCUAUGCGUUAGUGUUAUCCUCUGGACAGAGAAAAGAAACAGUGUGUUCAAUUGGAACAUGAAAAGGAGUUUGGAACAUGAAAAUAUGGGGUUGGAUUCACUCAACCCCAGUUUGUCUUCAA